UGUGAGAGCGGCGGCUUCCGGCAGCGACACGUGUGAGCCGCGGCGGGGAUGCCUCCUGGCAAGGGGCAGAUGGCCUCACUGCUGCCCAGCACGAAGGUCCCCGUGCCCACCCCACCCGGCUCUCAUGGCGGUCCCACCAGCAAGAAGAAGAGCCGUAAGCACCAGCGGUUCAUGGAGCGCCGGGCGCUGCUGGAGCAGAAGGGGCUGCUGAGCCCCCGCAGGCACCGGGGCAGCCAGGCCACCACGACGAGGCCAGAGGCACCCAGCACGCUUACCAAGGCUGAUGGUAGCAUGGCUCUGCGCUGCAGGAAGGCCCCCAAGUCCAAACAGGUCAUCUCCUCAUCCCUGUCCCCAUCCAGCUCUCCAGACAGCAUAGCCAGGCACCACUCCAUGCUGCUGUCCCAGGGGAAGGGCGGCUCCAAGGGGAUACGGACAGCCUCCCCGCUUCUGCGCCCGGGCAAGUACGUGGCCAUUGACUGCGAGAUGGUGGGCACCGGCCCUCAGGGCAGGCUGAGCGAGCUGGCACGGUGCUCCGUGGUCAGCUACGAGGGGGACGUCAUCUACGACAAGUACGUCCAGCCUGAGCUCCCCAUCGUGGACUAUCGCACGCGCUGGAGCGGCAUCACCAGGCGGCACAUGGAGAGCGCGAUUCCCUUCAAGACUGCCCAGGCAGAGAUCCUGAAGAUCUUGAAAGACAAGAUUGUGGUAGGACACGCCAUCCACCACGACUUCCAAGCCCUGAAGUACUUUCAUCCAAAGGACAGGACCCGUGACACCAGCCGGAUCCCCAUGCUGAACCAGAGGGCAGGGCUGCCCAGCAGGGCCUGCGUCUCGCUCAAGAGCUUGGCUGGGCACCUGCUCCACAAAAAGAUCCAGGUCGGCUGCAAAGGGCACUCGUCGGUGGAGGAUGCUCAGACAGCCAUGGAGCUGUACAGACUGGUGGAGGUGCAGUGGGAGACAGAGCUGGCCCGUAGCCUGCCUUCCCGGCCCCCCAGCCCCGACACAGACCCCAGUGCAGACAGCAACCAGUACAUGGAUGACCAGUACUGGCCCACAGACCUGAUGGCAAGCAGCCUCUGAUGGGGAGUCAGCAUCUCCUCCACAUGUUCCAGGCCAUCCUGGUGCCUUCGGCUGUUAGAGGUGGAGGUGGCUGCUGACCUCCUUCCCCAUGGGCUCUGCCUGGCACCCAGCCCCGCUGCAGGCUGCAGCACAAGGGAGUCAGAUGGAAAAAUAGUGACACUUGGACACUGGCAAUAUCCUAAAAAGGCUGUUUUCAGCCUCUUGCUGUUGCACAGAAGUGCACUGUGGCUGUGCCAUGUUCAGCUGUCACUCAGUGCUUGGGGAUGAGCAGGGGCCUGGAAGAGCCCCCCUGGGCCUGCUAUGGCUGCCAGAGCACCUCCCAUGCCCCCUGGGAAGGGGAUAGCCCCACAGUGGGCAAGGGGGAGGGUUGAGCUGUUUUGCUGAUGCCCAAAGGCUGCAAACCAUCUGAGGCCAGUUAAACAAUCAGUUUUCUCCCGGUUUUCUUUGCACCAUGAAGCCUGACGAGGAAGUCGGGGUCACGUCAAUGUUCAGCCUGAACAAGAGCACAGAAUGCACUUAAUUUAAAAUAAACUAUUCACAUGAUUGUCCAA